GGUUUUUGUUUCAGUAUGUCAUGACCACCAUGACUACCAAGCCCAUGGCUCGUGCGAUAUCCACGACCCCCUACUUGCGAGAAUCAGCGUCCCUUACAAAAUUGAGAAAGUUACAAGCCGACUUUCAAUGUGAGGACGGCAAACCAAUCUGGCUGAAACGAGGCUUUACCGAUAGACUUCUGUACACCUCUACCAUCGUGGGCUGCGGCCUUGGGCUCUUUCUGGUCAUCCUGACCAUAUACGAUCAUGCUAAACCUGAAAGCUGGAAGGUCAAGUGACCAAUUUUAUUAUCCUUCUAAAAUU